AUGCGCGCUGCGCCCUGCCCAUCCCGCCGGCCGCGUCCCCAGCAGCGCCGUCCCCCGCUCCGGUGCCCCCUCCCCGGCCCGUACCCGCUCCGGUACCCCCUCCGGUACCGCCGGUACCCCCUCCGGUACCCACAGCCCGGUACCCCCGGCCCGUACCCCCUCCGGUACCCCCUCCGGUACCCCCGGUACCCCCUCCGGUACCCACAGCCCGGUACCCCCGGCCCGUACCCCCUCCGGUACCCCCUCCGGUACCCCCGGUACCCCCUCCGGUACCCUCAGCCCGGUACCCCCGGCCCGUACCCCCUCCGGUACCCCCUCCGGUACCCCCGGUACCCCCUCCGGAGCGUGGGGGGGACCCCCCCUGCCGGGGGGGUGCCGCCGCCCCCCGACCCCCCCAGCCCCGCGGUGGAGCGCCGCAAGAAGCCGGUGGUGCACCCCGCCGCCCCCGCCCCCCUGCCCAAGGACUACGCCUUCACCUUCUUCGACCCGAACGACGCGGCGUGCCGGGAGAUCCUGCUGGACCCCCGCACCACCGUGCCCCAGCUCUUCGCCAUCCUGCGCCAGUGGGUGCCCCAAGUGCAGCACAACGUCGACGUCAUCGGCAACGAGAUCCUGCGCCGCGGGUGCCACGUGAACGACCGGGACGGACUGACGGACAUGACGCUGCUGCACUACGCCUGCAAGGCCGGCGCCCACGGCGUGGGGGACCCCGCGGCGGCCGUGCGCCUCUCGACGCGGCUGCUGGCCCUGGGGGGGGACGUGACGCUGCGGAGCCGCUGGACCCACAUGAACGCCCUCCAUUACGCCGCCUACUUCGACGUCCCCGAGCUCAUCCGCACCCUCCUGCGGGCGGCGGCACCCCGAGUGCUGCACUCGACCUGCAGCGACUUCAGCCACGGCACGGCGCUGCACAUCGCCGCCUCCAACCUCUGCCUGGGCGCCGUGCGCUGCCUGCUGGAGCACGGGGCCGAUCCUGCCCUGCGGUGGGAUAUUGGGGGUGUCAUGGGGGGACUGGGGGGCAGUGGGAUAUUGGGGGUGUCAUGGGGGGACUGGGGGGGGAGUGGGAUAUUGGGGGUACUGGGGGUGUAA